GAAGUUAGUGGUGCAUUUCGCUAGCGUUGAUUCCUGAUCGAGCCGAUAAGCGUGUGUGUGCAUGUGCAAGUGUUAGUGCCUGUGUGUGCGUGUUAGUUGAUGUUUUGCAGCCGAGAAAUUUACUGCAAUUGCUGCUGCUGCGACUGCAUUACAAUUAUGCGAUAAUUUAGCUGCGCCGCUCUCAAAACUGCAGCAGUCGCGUCGCUGUUAUUGCUGUGUUGACAGCUGCCGUCCAACUUUGGCAUCUCUUUUGUCUUUGGCUGCGAACGCUGCAAGCGACAAAUAAAUAAACAAACAACAAACACAAAGAGAAACACACCUGCUGCCAUCAGUUGUGCAUUCUCGUCUGCCUCUUCUUUCGCCGGUUAUUCGCGAGUGUCUAAAAUUUUAUGCUCAACUAUUUUGCUGUCACCAAGAAGCGAAAAGCGAAACAACGAUAAACUCACUCAAAGAAGUGACCGCUAAAUCUACAACAACAAUAAACUGGACGCCCAACAACAACCACAUAAAGAAAGACAAAUUGUCAAUGGCCAAGUGAAUGCAUUCAGCACCCGCUACCCGCUACCCGCUACCCGCUGCCCACUGCCCCUCAAUCAAAAUACAUGUGUGCGUGAGAAAAGAAAUGAGGAGCUAACUUUUUUUUGAGGAAUAAGGCCAAGUCGGCAGAUUAUUGAUUUCUACAAAUGUUUAUACUAGUAUUGCACACACGCACACAGCUAAAAAAAAAAAAUAAUAAUAAUAAUCUAGUGAUUGCAUAAGACUCGAAAACGUGUUAAAAAAUAAAAACGAAAAACUCGAAAAUAAAAAAACAGUUGCAGCUGCCGUUGCGGCUACUUUGGUUAAUUGAUUUCUGUUGCUGCCGCCUGCAAUGCCAAAGCAAUGAGGCGUUCCAAAGCCAACAACAAUAAUCACAAUAACAAUAACAACAACAACAACAAAAACAACAACUUCACGAAACAACAACAAUACAACAAAAACUGUGCGACAAUUGCGUGCGCGUUUCGGGCGCGUUUUUUUGCGCGCGCGUUUUUUAAUUAAUUUAAAGUAUUGUUGUUUGCCCUUUUUGUCAGGCGUGAGUGUGCGUGCGUGCGUACUGUCUGUGUAUGUGUGUCCAGCCGGAAAUCAGCAAUUUAAUUUACAAUAAGACGCUUUCGAAGGAGCCCAAGUGGAGCAAAAACCCAUAAAAAAAAAAGUAGCCGAAAGAAAAGCAGCCAAAAUGUUCGCGGGCAUCAAAAGAAGACUGGCACGCAAGCAAAACGAGAAGGAUGGCGAUGAGGAUGACAAGGACGAUGUGCAUGAUAUAAUGCCGCCGGCAAACUAUAUACAAAUCUCACAGGGCAAAAUACAGUUGGUGCAUCAGGCGCGCUCGCUGGAGAAUGAGCCAACGCUGACCUUGGAACGUGCCGGCGAUAAGGCAUUGUUGGAAAAGCGCUUGAUUGAGGUUGAAGGCACUCUGCUGCGUUUGCAGGAGCAGUUCCACAAAAGCCAAUGCGGGUCGCCAACGUUCGAGAAGGAAUUGCGCGAGCAAAUUGAGAACAUGAAUCGCAUUAUGAAAUCCAAAGAACGAAAGCAACUGCAAACAUGCCGGGAUCACAAGGCACUCCAGACUCGCUUUGCGCGCCAGGAGAAUCUUUUGCACUCGAUGCAGCAGGAGAAUCGUGCGCUGCUCACCCGAAUCCGGCAGUAUGAGCACUGUUUGGACGAUGUGAUGCGAAAGGUGGUGGAUGCAAUUGUGGCCGAGGACAAUCUGCGCGAGGAGGUCAGCAUGCUGAAGAGUCGUGUUAGGGAUCUGGAGGCACAGAAUGCGGCGCUGUCGGCGAGUCCGGUGAAGGGGCGGGACGAGGGCUACUGUACAAUGAGCAGCGGGCAGCCGCAGCCAUCGAAUGGGCAUCUGGAGGACUUGCCCGAGGAGCCGGAGCAGUGGCUGCUGCCAGCGGAGCCAUGCUCAACGGAAAUGGAAGACUGGAGCAUGUCGCAGGAGGAGCUGGCUGUGAUAGCCUUCGACGAUGAGCGCGACCAUCAGCAUCAUCUGCAGCUGCGGGAGCAGCGACGCAAGCGGGAACACGACUGGCUCUGGCCAUCAACGGUUGACUUCAUCAAUUCGACAACCGUGGAGACGGACUCCGUUGCUGACGGCAUCGCUCAGCUGCUCCAGCAGAAGAUUGUCUACUCUGAGGAUGAGGAAGUUGCCUGCACGGACUUUACCAACGACUUUUACAAACUGGUCAACAUACGUUCGACUUCCUCGCGCAGUCUGUUCUCCUAUCUCGAGGGGGAGACAGACGAUGAGGAUGAGGAUGACGAGGAGGAUGAGGACGAAGAGGAGCAGGACUCGAGCAUGUCCGAGAGUCAGAUCAAAGCGCGCGUCAGUCCAACGCCCAGCGAGGCGGGACGCGCUCAACUGACCAGCUGCUCCUCCAGCGAAACCGAUGAGCACUCAGUGCCCCAACCGACGCAGCAACAUUCACCACUUGUCCUACCCGAAAAGGUAAUGGAUGUGGAGGUGGAGGAGGAGGAGGAGGAGGAGCACGAUUAUGCUGUUAUUGAGGAAUGCAGGCGGCGCGUCAGCGACAUUGAAAUCGAGGAUGUGCCGAUGGUGAGCAAUGCGCCAGUGGCGCCUCUCAGCGAACAGCAGUGCAUAGCACAGAUAAUCAAGACGGAGCUGCGACGACCGAGCCAAGUGCUGGUCAAGUCAAAGUCCGUGCUGGAGGAGCAGGAGCCCAGCUGCAUAUUGCGGCACAAUCAGCGCCGCGAACUCGAAUCGAGUGUGGUGCGCAGCGAUAGCAUCAGUAGCGCCCUGAUGGCCAAAAUGGUGGCCAAGGAGACGGUGCCAGCGGCGCCACCACCGGCGGUUGUUUCCAAGCUCAAGGAGCGACUGCUGCAGCGGCAUGCCCCAUCGCCAGCCAACUCCUGGCGUCGCAGCAAUGGCUGGAAGCGUGUGACGUCACCAGUGCAAGCCGCCAAAGCGCUUGUUUCACCAAAGAAGGAAACAAAGUCAACGGAGUUGCCAAAGAGCUGCCAGCAAAAGGCGCCGCCCACCCGAAUUCCAACGUGCAAACACACAUCCUCCUCGGCGGCAUCAUCCUCAUCAACGUCAUCCACAUCCUCGUCGCCAUCGUCGCCGUCGCCACAAACGCCACAAAAGUUGCCAAUGCAGCAGCAACCACAGCGCAAAUCGAAAAUUCCACCGCCAGUUCCCGUGCGACGUUCCUAUGCGAGUUAAGAAGAAAUGAUGCCACGCCCCCAUUUCAAUCUCAUCUAAAUUUCAAUAUACAAAAAAACGAGAAACGAACCGUAAACCCUAAGUUAGUUGAGGAGCAAUAAGCUCCACAGUAGAUUUAAGCAUUUAAAAAGACUAAAUUGUGAUAUAUUCAAACUAAAACGAGAGAUGGAAACAGAGAGAAGGCAGUAAGAACAUAAAGUAAUUGUACGAAUACUUCA